AAACUUAUUUAAACUAUACUAAUUACUGUUUAAAUGAAGAGAAAUUAAUCAUUUUCAUAAUUUUUAUAUCCUGCAUUAUUUUAUCUUAAAAUAUAUAAGUACAUACAUUCAUUAUUUCACAAGGUACAAGCCUGAGCCUUCGCUAAGCUACAGUAUAUUAUGCCUGUUUUAAAAAUAUCACCCCAAUGCAAUUUGAAAAGUAUGAGUUAAAAUACAUUUAUUUUGUUCUGAAUUUUAAACCCAUGUUACAAUUGUAUUUUUCUUAUGCUCUUAUUCAGCGGCGGUUUUUUAGAGUUUUUUCUAAGUUGCAGCAGCCGAGCCAGUGAAUUAUUUAGAACUUUUCCUCUUUUCCUACAGCGUGAAAUCAGACAAUACUGUUUCCACUUCAUGGUACCAGAGGGUAAUGUUUGUGUGUAAUCAGGCAAAGCAGUGAAUCAGUCCAUUCCCCUUCCCCUCCUGCCAACCUUCAUUCAUUUGCUUCCACCUCUUUCUACAGCUUACUCUAUUCCUUCAAAAAAUGCAAAGACAAUCAGUACAAACUUUAUCAGUGAUUUUAUUUUAGUUUGAAAUGCCUUUUACGAAUACUUUCUUGAAAGGAUGUGAUAAAAAAAAGAGUGUUAAUCCAUGGUGGAAAUUACAGAAAGCAUGAGCCUCUGCAAGUCAGAAAACAAUACAAAGAAACCUAGUAAAAGAAAAUCUGUUACAUUUAAAAUGGAGCUGGAAAUAAAAAGAAUGCAGUCUACAGGGCUUCAACAGUCAGUUCUUGAUUCGAAGCCAUCAAGGAUUUUAUCAUUCCCUCUUACAGUCAAACAACAGUUAUGGCUAAAUUUUCUCUUGCCAGCGGUGAUCCAAAUUACUUUCUACUUGUUCGGUAUUGCCACUGACUUAACAAUUGGAAUUGUGCUUCUAAUGGAAAAACAUACAUGGGCCGGUGUAAUAACAAUUGGACUGACGUAUGUGGCCCCUCUGAUCUGCUUCUUCAUGCACUUUAUGAAUCCCCCAGCAGAAAACAAAUGUUCAAAACUCGCUUUGUGGAUUCUCGCAGAGACUUUAGCAUUGAUCUUAUAUCCAAUCAGGCCUGUUCAGAGCUUUGCUGAGAGAUUUUUUUGGGCUGUUGAAGCUCUGCGAAACCCAGACCCAAAAAGAGAAGAAGCACUUGUUGAAUAUGAAAAGGCAGAAACUUUUAUAGUUGAAAACUACUUGUUUAUUCAAGGUUUGGUCCAUGCAGGACCACAAGCCAUUUUUCAGCUAACACUUCUCGUUUUUGGAACAUCAAACAACGCUAGCACAAAGCUUUUUCAAGCUUUUGGUGUUAUAGUAUCUCUCUUGUCGUUAUCUCUUAUAACAACAUCAUACCAAAGGUACGAGACUCAGGCAAAAGGAAGCAGGAAAAGAGUUUGGUAUAAGAGUGAAGAUAGUGUGGAAAAUGAAGAACCAAGAGAACUUCUAUAUGUUCCACCCAACGAAGAAGUUUUGCCUAGGCGAAGGUCAUGGACCAAGGUCAUGGAAGAGGACAACUCACUUGGGAAGCUUGUAGCAUUUAUAUUCUGGUUCUUUUUUCUUUUAGGACGGAUUGUUUGCCUUGUAAUGGCUUCUUUGUUCUUCCCAUGGGCUGUACUAGGAGUGUGCAUUGCUCAUUAUAUUUUCAUGUUCUUUUUUAUAUUACCAUUGACCAAUUGCAAGACAAACGUUGUCACCAAAAUAUUAUUAUCAUUUGUAUACAUAUUUUGCCUUAUUGAAGUAGGUAUUAGAUUUAGAAAAUCUCAGUUGUUCCAUAAUUUAUUUAUAACUUUUUGUAUAGUGGAAAACUUUUCUUUGUCGUUAUUAUGGGCUUUAUGGGGUAAUUGGAACAAUAACUGGUGGUAUGAUUAUGCACUCUACUUCAUGGGAAUAACACAUUUCAUUGCUCUCUUAUUUUUAUUUAUAUAUAUAAAAUUUUUCAGACCCACCAUAAGGCGAAUUCAACCAAAUAUGUAGACAUUCUUUUUAUUUUAGUUUAUUUACUUUCUGUUAAAGUUCAAGUAAUUAUUUAAAAAUGCUUUAAUUUACUUUAUAACGUACAAUGAAAAUGGGGGGAGGGAUAAAUUGUUCUUGUUACUACUACUAAUACUACUACUUAAAAUUUCAAAAAUUUGAAAUAUUUGAAAAUAAUUAUGUAUGAGCCAAUUUAACUGACUUACUGUAUAAUAAUUGUAAUACUCCUAAAAGUUCUAGAAAUAUGUAAUUUAUGUGUUCCUAAUUGAUUUUUUUGUACAUUAUUUUGAUUUUUAUACAUAUUUAUACACUACAAUUUUUGUUCAAAUAAGAAAGAUAAACGAAAUGUAAAAAUGUAUGACAAGUACAUCACGAUCAUUAUCACAAUUGUACAUAAUAUAUACUUGACUAGAUUUUUAUUAUUUUGAUAUAAAAAGAUUUUAGUAAGAACAACCCAAGCAGUUUUAUAAAUCUGAAGAGCAUGACAAUGAAAAAAGCUGCUUGUUCUAGUCAAUUGUAUAACUAUAUGAACAUAUAAUAUGAUAAAGUUUGUAGAUAAUUAAAUCUAUUUUGAAUAAACUGACUAAAAUUAA